AUGGUUCACCACAUUACUUCAAACGAAGAGCUUCAAAAGCUCCUCUCGUCAACAACAUACGUCGCGGUUGACUUCUUCGCAGACUGGUGUCCUCCAUGCAAGGCCAUCGCCCCCGUCUACGAGCAACUCGCCACCAAGCACAGUGUCCCCGACGUUUUGGCCUUUGCCAAGGUCAACGUUGACCAUGUCCAGGACGCCGCACGCCAGUAUGGCAUCACUGCCAUGCCCACCUUCAUGUUCUUCAAGGAAGGAAAGCAGGUCGCUGUCAAUGGGCAGGCCGUGCUCAAGGGUGCUGACCCCAGAACGCUUGGAGCGGCUGCUGAGAAGUUGGGAGGUCUAGCGCAGAAGCGAGUUGCUGGCGCUUAA